AUGCCCGAGUACCACGACCUGCAUCUACUGGACUCGAUGCUGAAACGGAGGCAAGUCCUUACGGAAAUUGGUCGGACCUUAUCAACGCUACGAGACGGCAUUCUGCGUUCCUGUGGCGACGAACCAACAGGACUCGAAAGCGUUGAGAGAUUCGAAAGCCGGAUCAAGGCGUGGGUCGCAGAUAUGGAUGGCAUGCUGUCGACCAUGGCUAGCCACCUCGCCCUCAAUGACGCCCGUCGGCUUCAGAAGCUGACGGUACUCGCCUUCGUCUUUGUCCCUGCGUCCGCAAUCGCAACUAUUUUCGGAAUGAAUGUGGAUAUCCUUAGCAGCGAACCCUCCAUCGCAUGGUUUAUCGCCACCGCCGUCGUUACAAUGGCCUUCACAUUUGCCUAUGCGACAUGGUUCUCUCAGCUAAACAAACUGGCUAGGCAAACAGUCUCGGUCAUGCUCUUGUUUUGGCCUCUCACACCCACGACGCCCCUGAAUAACGCCAAACGGAUCCAGACUGGCAGAGACCCGGUACCUGAGGUGCGGGAGUCAAGUCGAUCGACCAGCUCACCUCUGAUGUCAGGUGCAGGAGGGAUGUUCGUCAAUAAUGGCGCCCUGGAGAUGCCGGUUCAAACGCUGCUCUCUGAGAAUCAGCCUCACCAGACUGUACAGGACGAUGGGCGGCUGUUCUAA